UGAAAUAAAAAAUGCAACGAAUUAUAUUUCAGUAAUAAAUGGAAUUUUACAAGAAUCAGUGUUUCAUAUAAAUAACCAAGAAACAAUAACUCGAAAUAGAAAAAUAAAUAAAAAUGUCAGAUGCAGAAGAUUAUAUGUCAGAUAAAUUUUUACAAGGAAGUGAAAAAUCUACUUCAUCCAGUCUCAUAUAUAGACAUGCAGAUAAAAGAAAAUUUGAACUCUUAAAAAAAAAAAAGCAAAUUGAAGCAAAAUUAGAUGAAAAAAAUUCUUUAAAACAUAUUGAAGAAGAAACUAGAGAAGCAGGUUUAUCUUCUGCAAUUACAAGUUCUAAUAAAGGUUAUGCAAUGAUUAUGAAAAUGGGAUAUAAACCUGGUCAUGGCAUAGGUAAAACAGAAUCAGGAAGAAUUGAACCAAUUAACCUUGACAUUAAAUUAGAUAGACAAGGUUUAGGAAAACAAAAUGAGAGAAAAGAAAGAAAAAAUAAAAAUAAUAUAUUUAAUGAUAAUUUAGAUAAUAAGAGUAUGAAAGAUUUUCGAGAUAGAAUUGCACAAAAAAGGAAAGAACAAUUGUUAAAAACAGAUUUAUAUAAAAGUCAAAAAAUUUGUCAAAAAUUAGAUAUGCAACAAGAAAUAACAAAACCUAAAGAAAUAUGGUUUUGGUUGCCUCAAGAUGAUGAAAAUAGCGAUAGUGAAAAAGAUGAUGAUUUUUUCCCUGUUAAUGAAAAACUUGAAAUUUUAACAAAAUAUUUAAGAGAAAAGUAUUUUUAUUGUAUUUGGUGUGGAGUAGCAUUUCUGGAUGAAAAAGAUUUAGUAGAUAAUUGUCCAGGAAAUGAAAGAAAUGAUCAUUAAAUGGA